AUGCCAGACCUCGAGCUCGAGCCGGCGUUGAUAGACGACUUCCGUAUCCCCAGCGCCAACGAGACCCUGCCCGAAUACCGGAUAAGCUGGGCUAUCAAGACCGUUGAAGCCCUCUGGCAGGAGUGGAUGACCGGCUUGCCGGGGCAACCGGCCGUCUCGGCACUAGAUGCCCGGUGGGGAAGCCAGUGGCGAGCCGGUCGACGAUCGGAGGUACAGUGGUACUCCCUCCGCCUCGAAGUUAUCCGGGAGAUCCGGCGGGUAAGCAAGUCCCGGCGCAUCGCCGAGAUCUCGGCGAUGCAUGCCGUAGCGGCGGACUACCGGCAGUCGAGCCGGUCGUUGGAUGCCUUCUGCAAGCAGCUCCGGGCGAGCCGUAAGCUCUGUGAAGCCGGGGCCGGCCAACGGGCCCCGGCUAACGGGCCCCGGCGAGGGCUAGGCAGGGUAUAG